GACGCAAUGCGCGUGCGUGGGCCAGGUCUAGCGCGCGCGACGUUGUCCGGCGCCGCAGCAGCAGUAGUAACUGUGUGAAGAGCGCGUGCAGCCACCGGAGCCGCCUCACAGCAGAGGGGACGAAACAAGGGAUCAGGUCGAGUCUUUUGCUAUGGCUGAGUCGCCAACUUGUUGAUGUUGCCACCGAAAUUUAUUUCAGUCAUUCAGGAAUGUGAAGAUGCCACAUUCUGUCGACUCCCUCCCUACGGGAACUCUCAUCUCUAAAACCUUCUCCUUGGACUUCUUUUCCACCAGCGCACACCCGACUGAGCCUUACACAGAGGACACCUUCAUCGCCAGCGCCACUAACAUAAGCAACAUCAGCGGGAUAGACAUCCCUCGCUGCACCUAUAAGGAAGACUUUAAACGUAUUUUGCUCCCUGCUGUGUACACUUUUGUCUUCCUGCUCGGUCUUCCUCUCAAUGCUGCUGUCAUACUGAAGAUAUGGAGGACGAGGCCCAAUGUUUCCAAAAACAACAUCUACAUGCUCAACUUGGCCAUAGCUGACUUUCUGUAUGUGAUGUCACUUCCUUUGCUCAUCUACAACUACGGCAGUCAUGACUACUGGCCUUUUGGGGAGUUCGCCUGUAAGCUGGUCAGGUUUCAGUUCUACAGUAAUCUUCAUGGCAGCAUCCUCUUCCUCACCUGCAUCAGCGUGCAGCGCUACAUGGGCAUUUGCCAUCCCCUCGCGAUGUGGCACAAGCAGGGUGGUCGCCGAAUGGCGUGGUGUAUCUGCGGAGGUGUGUGGCUGGUGGUGGCUGUCCUGUGUGCGCCGACUUUUCACUUCGCUGCGACGGGAAUCCAGCGCAACCGCACAGUGUGUUACGAUUUAAGUACACCAAGCCAUUCAGUAGACUACUACCCUUACGGAAUGGCUCUGACCUGUCUUGGCUUCUUGUUGCCUUUCAUGGGUGUGAUGGUGUGCUACUGCCGUAUGGCCCACAUCCUCUGCCGCCCAGUGUCCUACCAGGGUGUCUCCAUUGCGACUGGAGAGAAGCGGGACAAGGCGGUGAGGAUGAUCAUUGUGGUGGCGGCGGUGUUCUGCAUAAGCUUCCUGCCAUUUCACCUCACCAAGACCAUGUACCUGGUGAUACGUACUCUGCCUGGUGCGCCCUGCGAGACGAGAAAUUUGUUUUCAAUCAUCUAUAAGAGUACCAGGCCAUUCGCCAGCAUGAACAGCUUUCUGGACCCUAUUCUGUUUUAUUUCACCCAGCCACGAUACCGCCAGAGCACCAGAAGGUUUAUGCUUAAAGUCACCACUCUCAGGGACAAGGGUACCAGUGUGUGAGCUAACAAGAACUCAUACACUACAACGGUAUCUCUUAAAGCCUUAUUGUAUGUAUUGUUUUUUAAACACUUCUCAUGUUAUUGUAUUUCUGUUGCAAGCAGUUGUUCAGGCUUUUAACUACUAGUUACUGUAACAACAAACUGUACCUACCUAAGAGGAUCAAAGGUUUAGAGGCACUGGCAUAUCAAAAGGUCUUCUGAAAUCCAGCAUGAAGGUUGUUGUCUUGUAAUAUGAAAGGUUAACUGAGCAAACUAGGAGGAUAAAUGUUGAGAGAGUUGAAAUGAAAAUUGUAUCCUUCUCCUACCUACACCAUCUUGACUUUUACAUUAACCAUCACAGACUAUGGGUGUAUUUUAUUGGCGGAAUUCAUUGAGAUUCGUGACUCUCUUUAUUUAGUUACUUUUUGGCUGAGGAAUACUGUAACAUGCUCUGAUUGUAUCAUCGGCGAAUUGAGGCAUUCACAUCCUGCACUGUCCUCAUUAACUGUGAAAUAUUAGUGGUGGGUAGAAAAGGAGGAACAUUUAUCGUUUUUUUUUUUUUUUUCAUUUUCUUUUGACAAUGUGAAGUGUACAGUAAAAACUAAAUACUCUAGAAUAAUAAAAUAAAGAGGGGUUUCUUCCACUCCAGCAGGUCUCCAUGUUACAUGGAAGAUGAUUUUUAGAGAUAUGUGAUGUGGAAGUGGAGAUACCUGGUAAAAGAGAGAAGGACAGAACAACUAAUUUAAGUUUUGGGAUAAAAUCCACUGUGGCUCUAAAAUGCUCAAAAUGACUGUAAAUUUUUACGACUGCAUGUUGGAUUUGCAUGAAAUACUUGUGUGUGGAAAUCAGCAAGGGAGAAACGUGCCUCACAAACACAGAACUGCAAAAACAUGUCAGAUAGAAACUGAAAAAUGUAUGUGCAUUUUUGUGUCAAAAGAGUGUUACACUUUUACAUGAAGGUUUCCACUGUUUCUCUUUUUGACAAAUGACGUGUUGUUUCAGCAUCAUUCAAGCUGUAGGGAUCGUUGUUGCACGUUUUCACCACUGGAUGGUGUGUGCGCCCCACUACUGUAACACCACUGCACUGAAAUGUUGAUGGAUGUUAGGUGUUAGAGAAACGACAGCAGAAAGAAAAAGUUAAAUGAAAAGAAGCUCUACUCUUGAGUGCAUGUGAACUGUGUAGUACUCAAUACUGUUUUGAUAUCGCUAACCAGAUACGGUACUGUCUAAAUUUGUACAGUAUACACAAUGGAGGAAAUUUUCAUUUUAAACCCCUCUCUGCUGUUUCUUAUGGAGUUAUACCAAGUAACUGAGUUACUGAAUUUAUGAUUUGUUCACCUAAAAUGUUCAUGAAAUGAACAUAAGUGCAUUCAUUGUAAAUGGGCAUAUUGAUGUUGUUUGCUGUAACUGCAUUUUAGCUUAAUGUUAAUUGAACUAAAUUCAAAUUUGAAUGUUUUUCUUAGCACUUAUUUUUCCAGUUACUUUUGUAUGUUGUCUUUCAAACACAUGCUGUAAAGAAAACAACAGUUUAUUUUUUGUCCUUUUUAUAUAAUGGAAUAUUUUUUUAUUGCUGCACUUUGUGUUCACUGAAUCACCAGCCCUUCUGUUUUGUUUCUAGAUGGCUGUUAAGGCCCAGACGAGUACUUUGGAAAAGCUUUCUGUCUUCUUGGUGUGGCUUCCCUAUUAUUCUAGAAACAGUGAAUCUGUGCAUCAUGAUGAUGCUUUGACACUGCAGAGAUCUUAUUGCCAUAAAGGUUAAGUAAAUCUUGUAUGAAUUUGACCAGAUUUUUCAUUGCACUUAUACAAGUAAUUGUGGUAUUUAGCUAAGACAUUUACUAUCAACAUAAAUGAAACCUGAUUAUAAAAUGUACCUGAGGUGGCUAGUUUAAUGCUGAGUGUGUUAACUUAAGUAGUUCAGUGUCUCCUUAUCCAUAAUUUACACCACACUCUCCCAACUUCGAAAUCAGGAUGUCAUGUGGACCUCUCUGAUUUGACAAUUUGAAAAUCAAAUUUUUUGAAUAAUUAUUAAUUCUCAUUUUUAAAUAAAUGUAGGCAGCUUUCAAUCUGCGACUACUGUUUGAGUUUUGCGCCCAAUGGGGAAAGAACUGUCGUGUAAAUUUAAUGUGAACGUGUAAUUUUCAUGCAUUUUAGAUGUAAUGUACAUUUUGACCACAACAUGGGGUCAUGUGCUUAAAAAUGUUCUGUGUGUAUGUGUCUUCAGUAAUGUAGUAAUAUACUGUACAUAGUGUUCACCUGGCUUCAGCAAUAAGUGGCCACACUGUCAGUCUGAUUUUUGUUUUGGUUUUUUUCUUCCCUCAACUGUCUGAAACACGUUGAGUGUCUGGUCAGUUUAGAGAGAUCCAGAUGUUUGUGUACUGUGCCAACAUGUUUGUGUCAAUCAGUGUUAUUUAGAAGAAUUCUUAUUUUUGUAAAAUACUCUAACACAGAAAUAGAAUUUUUAUUUUUGUUACAUAGCGUUAAA